AUGUGCUGGUACUUGGAAGUCGUCGUCCUGAACGACCUGUUCUUCUUAUUCGUCGCACUUUGUCAGCUAGCCCAAGAGAGGAUUGAUGCCCUUCGCCUUCAGAAGGAGCGAUGCCUCAAAGCAAGGGAGGAUCUGAUGAAGGAGAUUGAUCUUGCCCACGAGGAGGAGGCCUUGGGCUUUCUAGAGGAGAUCCGAGCGGAUCCAGACAUGCUGAUCUCUCACGAUCGCUAUGGUUCGACACUGCUCCACGAGGCAUGUUCUCGCGGCAUGAAGCAGCUCGCCCUUGCUGUGCUCAGCGCAGCUGAGGAGGUGGGUGAAGCCACGCAGCAGAAGCUCACUGAGAAGCUCUUCCAGCGAGACUACCGCGGGCAGACGCCACGACUCUACAAGAAGCUUAUCGGCCCAAGCGCGCGCAAAGUCGCCAUGGCUGAUGCGCUGUGCAAGGACAGCGAGUCCGACGACGGAUACGAAGGUUCCACGGAUGUGGAGGAGCAGAGUGAUGCCGCACUGAAUUCCGACAGUGACGAUGACCCUCCUCCUGUGCGGGUACUCCUCCUCGCCUUCAUGUUCAUGUUCCAGGGCUACGGAGCCAUGGUUGGGAAUCCACAGCAUGCGUUGAAACAUAAGCUGGGCGUCCAUGGGAAGACUAUGUCCGCGGAGUUCCAGGAAGCAACUGCAACCUUUCAGUUGGCCAAGAUGGUCAUGCGAAUCUGUCAAAUUGCUUUCCUCGUAUUCACGGACCCUGCAGGCAUUGUGUACACAUCCUACGCAGUCAUGAUUGCCGCGCUCCUGGUCCCCAUGGUCUUUGUGUGGGGCGCAGGAGUAACAGACCUUUGGGUUGUUCGGCUGCAGUACAUCCUGGGAGGUGUGGCCGUCGGCCUCUUUGAGGGCACUUUCCUGAGCGUGAUCAGCUCGCUCGGGAAGAACACCAAGACUUUUGCCAUUAUGGGAGCUCCCCUGGGCUUCUUUGUGAACAACACAAUCCUCGGACUGCUUAACUACUUCGGGAUGCCUGUGAUUGUCUAUUAUGCCUACAAUGCGGCAUGCUUGCCCUUUGCGAUCUGGAUCUUCCACAGAAAGCGGCCAAGAGAGGUCGUGGCUGUGAAAAACAAAGGCAAGGGCUGCAAAGUCUUCUGGAACUCCCUGAAGUGCUGGCUGGACUGGGUGCCCAUCAUGAUUCCGUGGUUCGUCGCAAAGUUCAUUGGCAACUUCGUGCUGGAGGACGGUUUUCCACUCCUCUUCAACACUUUCAACAGCCCAAAGGUUCCCAUCAUCGGUGGCCCUGAAAGCGAAGAUCACUUAAUCCCGUUCGCCCUCUACACAUCUCUUAUCUGGUUUCCAUGUAUGGCUGCUGGCGACACAAUCAGCCGGCGGGUGCCGCAGUACUUGGAUAUUACGUCCAAGCGAAAGUGCUUUCUGUACUUGUCUCUGGGGAUUUUCCUGUCCGUGGCUGGGGAAGCCCUGGACUUCUUGCUGCUGGCUCUGGUCACGGCUCUCGCAGCCUUCAUUGCCAACUUCGGCAACGGCUUCAUCUAUGGCCUGUCUGCCAAGUUCAUCGACUGGGGCAUUGCGGAGGAACAUCGAUAUGCAGCGUACAACCUGUGGUGCUUUGUGGGUGACGCUGGUGGAUAUGCUGGCCAGGGGGCGUUAUCGGUUUGGUUGGCCGACCAGGUCGCGAGCUUCUGGGGCUUUGAUGCUGCUGCUGACUCCAUCUUCAGGGUGCGGCUCUUCGUCAUCUGCAUUAGCCGUGUUGUCACAUACUGUGACACUGUCGGAGCCUUCUCCCAAGCAGUUGCGAAGCCGCACAUGUCGGUGGUGCAUGUUUGCAGCUUCUGGAUGCUGGCAGAGUUGGCCCAAGUUUUAGCUUACCAGAACGCAAGACCGCCUCCCAGCGAUUCUGACAAGCCGGUUCAUUAG